AUGUUGACAUAUCCACCCAUCGGCCUGCUCGGUUUCGGCGGCUACUUGCCGGAGCGAGUGAUGACCAACGACGAUUGGGCGAAGUUGGUGGACACCAACGAUGCCUGGAUCGUCGAGCGCACUGGCAUCGAGCGGCGGCGGAUUGCAGCGGCAGAUCAGAGCACGGCGGACCUGGCGCUCGAGGCGGCGCGUUCGGUGCUCGAGGAUUGUGGGCUCGAGGCGACGGACCUCGACGAGAUCAUCCUGGCGACCGAUACGCCGGAGGUGAUGGUGCCGGACACGGCUUCGUUCCUGCAGCAUCGCCUCGGGGCGCGGGAGAUCCCGGCGUUCGAUCUGGCCGGCAGCGGUUGUGCGGGGUUCGUGCAAGCGCUCGAUGUGGCGCGGGCGCGGGUGCUAUUGGGGGCCGAGCGGGUGUUGGUGGUCGGAGUCGAGCUGAUCAGCCGUUGGUUGACCUGGAAGAAGCGCGAGACCGAUGUGCUGUUCGGCGACGCCGCAGGGGCGGCGGUUGUCGGCCGGCAAGACCUGGUGGCCGAGAUCCUCGCCGCCAAUGCCGGCACCGAUGGUAGCCAAACCGAGGUGCUGGGCUACCCGGCGAUUGGUACCCGCCACCAGCUCACCGCUGACGAUGUCGCCAACGAUCGCCACAAGAAGGUGGUCAUGGAAGGGCGGCAAGUCUUUCGCCAAGCGGUGCGGCGGAUGACCGAGGCUUCACUUGCGGUGCUGGAGCAAGCGGGAAAGCAACUCGACGAGGUUGCCUUGGUGGUGCCCCAUCAAGCCAAUCUGCGCAUCUUGCGGGCCACUGCCGAACGCUUGGGUGUGCCGAUGGAGAAGCUCUACGUCAACGUGCAGGAGUAUGGCAACACGGGCUCGGCCUCGGUGCCGGUGGCGCUGUGGGAGGCGCGGCGGAUCGGUCGGAUCCAACCCGGUGAUCUGGUGUUGGCGACGGCAUUCGGCGCCGGCUUCCAUUGGGCUGCGGUGCUCUUGCAGUUUUGA